AUGGAAGGUGUGCUUCAGUUGCAAAUUUUUUGUUUUUGUUUUGUGUAUGAGAAGGAAUUUCUUGAUGAACAGUUCACCCAACUUCAGCAACUGCAAGAUGAGAGCAAUCCAGAGUUUGUGGUGGAAGUGGUGUCUCUCUUCUUCGAAGAUUCUGAGAGACUUCUCAAUGAACUCACCAAAGCUCUGGAUCAACAGAGUGUAGACUUCAAAAAGGUGGAUGCCCAUGUCCACCAGUUUAAGGGUAGCAGCUCUAGCAUUGGAGCGCAAAGAGUUCAAAACGCCUGCAUUUCCUUCCGCAACAAUUGUGAUCAGCAGAAUAUUGAAGGGUGCCUGGAAUCUCUGCAACAAGUAAAACAUGAGUACUCCCUUGUGAAGAACAAGCUCGAAACUCUGUUCAAACUUGAGCAACGACUUUUGAAAGCUGGUGGGUAGAUUUCCAGGCAAUGAGAGGCCGCGAAACCAUCAUAUAUCAAGGGAGAAAAAUGGAGGUUUGGAUUUGUAGAGGAGUUUUAUCUUUUUCAUUUUGGUCUUAAGUCAAGAACCCAAGUUACAACGAGCGUUUUAUGAUCUUUUAAAUGUAGAAACAAUGAUGGAGAAUAUGAACAAACCUUUUGCCUCUUUUACCCGUAAUUGUUGUUCUUAUUUGUCUUUCUUUCUUUUAAAGUCCUGGAAUUUUAAAGAGAAAAUCCCAGGCUUAGAAGUUAGAUGUCAACCAUAAAAGUAUUAGAAGUUAAUUAAGCAUGAGUUUCCCA